UGUCACACCCCAACAACUAGCAAUGGGUUUCUCCUGCAAUUUCCUUUUUCUUUUGUCCCCUUCUCUGCUAACCCACCAAGCUUGGUUCUCCAAUUUCCAACAGCUGAGCUUAGCACCGCUUGCUGGAGAAGAUGGUGGCUUAAGGGUACACUGAAUUCAUAUCACCCAGGAAAAAAUUGCAAAACCCACCAUUUCUAGGACCUCCACAGUUUUGUCUCAAGAAUGGACGCCAAGUCAUCUCUACGCCCCCUUCUAAUUCCGCAAAAUCAGAAUAGGGAAUUGCAUGUAAUAGAUCCUAUGUGUUCCACAUCCACAACCGUGCCCAUUUGCUCAUCAACAUCACCAUCCAUCAAUUUUCUCGAUGGUUGGAUUGUUGAGCGGCGUCCCCGUCAGUGUAACGGCCGGUUUGACAAGUAUUACUAUGAGCCUGGCACUGGUCGAAAGUUUCGUUCCCUUUUAUCUGUACAGAAAUACCUAACUGAAGAGAAAAGCUUUGCAUCAAAGAUAAUGAAACCUGGCAAUGGAAAAAAUAGAGUAAAGCAGGUUUUGCCUCUUCAGAUUCAAAUUGUUCCCGGCAUGUUCAAGAGCAGCUCACCUUUUACUCUGCCAGAAGGUUGGGUUGUUAAAGAAAAGCGACGUAGCAACAUCAAUAAGGCAGGCGUCAUUGACAGACAUUACAUUGAGCCAGGGACUGGAAAGCGGUUCCGUUCCCUGGCAUCUGUCAAGAGACAUCUUACGGAACAGAAACAAUAUGAAGCCACGCCAAAAUCAUCAAAUCAAGAAGAUCAAUUACAUCUUACAGAUGGGAGAGAAUGUAAAGCUAUGUUGAAGGCAUUCAAACUAGGAGAUCAGAGCCCUUCAAAAUGCUCCGAUUCUGCAAAGAAAAAUGAUUCUGGUGAUGAAGUUGUAAGUUCAAUUCUGGAUCUUUGCAGUCCGCCUGCCAAAGUAAAAUGGGUUCUUAGUCCAGGUGGAAGCAUAUGGAGCCCUUUCAUUGAUGAUACUCUGGUGGAAGAUUCUUUGAAACAAAAAUGGUCUGAGACAUUCCAGUGGAUCCUCAAUCCCAGAUGUUAAUGCAAAGCUUAUGAUUCUUGCGGUUACUGAGUAGCAGAAGAGGACUUCGAAGAAUUUGAGUGCAGUGCAGGAAAGCUGGGUUGUGUUUCUGGUUUGGCUUUAAAUUCCAGUGGUGUAAAGCAUUAGCUCUAAAGUUUUAACAGUUUAGCGUGUAAGUUCAAUGUUUGAUGAUGAUAGUGUUUGUGCCCUAAAAUAAUUUCUAAUUCGUUUUAGUCUAAAACUAAUUUAACUUUCUUUUUUUAAGUUAAAACUAUUCUAUAAUAUUAUGAGUGCAGGGAAGAUUUACCCAUCAAUUUUA